GCCUUGUGCGUCACGAGCGUUUGGGCCCGUGCGCGUGCGAGGUGACGCAGUGGACGCGCGCGUCAGCGUCUGUCUGAGUGGUUUGGUUCGGGUAGUGUCUGUCGCUUUUUAGCGGAUAAAAGACGCGUUGAAAGCGUUUCGCUCGCUUUGAAGUGCGCGUGCGGAGCGGCUGCGCGGCGCUUUUCAAAGUUUCCGUCACAUUCGAGUGUGUCUGUGUGUUUGUGUGUGUGUGAAAGAGAUGGUGAUGGAGAAGCCGAGUCCUCUGCUCGUAGGACGCGAGUUUGUGAGGCAGUACUACACACUUCUCAACAAAGCACCUGAUUAUCUGCACAGGUUUUACGGGAGGAACUCCUCAUACGUUCAUGGAGGUGUGGACGGCAGUGGACAGCCAGAGGAGGCGGUUUAUGGUCAGGCGGAAAUCCAUACGAAGGUGAUGUCACUGCAGUUCAGUGAGUGUCACACUAAGAUCCGUCAUGUAGACGCUCAUGCGACCCUCGGCGAUGGGGUCGUCGUCCAGGUGAUGGGCGAGUUGUCCAACAGCGGGCGGCCCAUGAGGAGGUUCAUGCAGACGUUUGUUCUCGCUCCUGAGGGAUCUGCUGUCAACAAGUUCUAUGUGCACAAUGACAUCUUUCGCUACGAGGAGGAAGUGUUUGGAGACUCUGAGGCUGAACUGGCAGAGUCUGAGGAAGAAGACGUGGAGGAAGACAAAACAGAGACUCGCGUCUCACCUGAGCCCGCCCAGGACCGGCCCACCGGCACCACCUACUACGAGCCUCCACCCGUCAGUAACGGAGUGGAGGAGCAGCAGGAGGAGGCGGUUCUGGAGGCAGAGCCAGAGUCCCAGCCUGAGCCACAGGCCAGUCAGGAGGCAGAGGUGGAGCUUAGCCCAGAUGCAGAGCUGCAGGUGGCAGAGGCGGAGCCUGAAGAGGAAGAGAAACUUCCAGAGGAGGAGAAGAAACGCUCCACUCCCGACCCCGCCCUGACUCCGCCCCCUCAGCAGACUCCAGAACCUCCGAAGGCGUUCUCGUGGGCUUCGGUCACAAGUAAGAAUCUUCCUCCAGCCGGAGCUUCUGUCGCCUCUUCACACCUGCUGAAAACUGCCAGCGUUCAGCCGCGGGUGGAGGUGAAACUGGACGCUCAUUCUGCUUUACCCCGAGAUCAGAGGAGAGAGAGGUCAGGUUUUCCCACUCGCGGAGCUCGAGCAGAUGGCGGCGGCUCAGAGUCUCAGGCCGGAAAACAGCACUUGAGUUUUAGGGGCCGCGGUGACCCGGAGGCCGGUGAUGCAGACGGUCGCAGGGCUGUGCGUUAUCCAGACAGUCACCAGCUCUUCGUUGGAAAUCUUCCUCACGACAUAGAUGAGGGUGAACUGAAGGACUUCUUCAUGACGUUUGGGAAUGUGGUGGAGAUGAGAAUCAACACAAAGGGUGUCGGAGGCAAACUGCCCAACUUUGGUUUUGUGGUGUUUGAUGACUCUGAGCCUGUGCCGAGGAUUCUGGGCGCUAAGCCUAUCAUGUUUCGUGGAGAAGUGCGGCUCAACGUGGAGGAGAAGAAGACCAGAGCGACCCGAGAGCGAGAAACCAGAGGAGCGGCCGACGGUCGCCGGGGACCCAGCGGGCUCCGAGGAUCUAUGGGAAAUGGAAUGGGGCGAGACAGAGAUGGGCGUGGCCCCCCCUCAUCGAGAGGCGGGAUGGGGGCUGGGAGAGGUGGCGGUCCGAGCGGAGAGAGCCGGUUUGCGGGGCUGCGACGCUGAGGCUGGUUGAAGUUCUCGCCCUUAUUCAGAAGAAAUGAUUUCUCUCUCUCUCACUCUCUCUCUCUCUCUCUCUCUCUGUCUCUCUCUCUCUCUCUCUCUCUCUCUCUCUCUCUCUCUCUCUCUCUCUCUGUCUCUCUCUCUCUCUCUCUCUCUCUCUCUCUCUCUCUCUCUCUCUCUCUCUCUCUCUCUCUCUCUCUCUCUCUCUCUCUCUCUCUGGCUUUUGGACUGUGAAUGAGCAUCAGAUGGAACAUCAGCUCUUCUCUUCAUUCACGUCUUUCUGUUGUUGUUUGCGGAGAGGACAAAUUCAGCGUUUUUCCUACAGAACAAAAGUCAAAUGUCUGGACGGGGUUUCCUCAUGAACUGAUUUCUCACACAUUUUGUAAAGCACGUACAUCAGACGCUUCAUGUGUACACUUAUUUAUUUUUCUAGUAAAUAAACAGUGGUGGUGCCUUAACUUGAUUUGGUCUGAUGUGUUUGUGUUGUGAUGCGACAUCAGAGGAUUGAUGAUCUGAUGCAUGUGUGAACGGAGUGUGUUUGUGUGAGACUGAAGCUGAAUUUCUGAAGUCUGCUUGUUUUCAUACAGCUGUCCACGUGUUUGUCUUCAGUUUUGGGUUCCAGUUUUUCUUCGAUCAGAUUCAGCAGUGUUUUGUUUGUGUACUUGUUUUUUUUUUUUGACUCAAUAAACUACUGAAAUCUGC